UUAGCAUAUAUAUUUUUCGACGCCUAAUUCACCCCCCAAUGCAUCUUCAUUGAUUUAUCGCGAUAAAUUCGCGAGGUUCGGCAUGCUGCAUGAUCACAAACAAUUUUGCGCUUGUUGAGAAGAAAUAACCGUAGCGUAUCAUGUUCCGCAUAGAGAGAUGACAUUGAAAAAAUCGAGCAGCAUCCUAUACCGAGCACUGACGAGUGGGUAGAUCUAUAGAGAAGAGAGCAAAAAAAAUUACCAACUGGUUAGGCGAGCGGCGAGUCGAUGGCCGGCGUCGCGUCGAGACGAAUUGACGAGCGUGAUCUUGACCCCAUUUCAGUGUUACAUUCCGGUUGCCGAUUGGUAACGGCUCCAAGUUCUCAGUGUUGCACAUUCAAGAAUUGUGCGUGAAUCAGAGCAAGCAUUAGGCAUAGGGUGAUGAUCCGGAACUACUAUACAUAUGGGGCCAAACACUAUACGUUCACUCCUUCUUUUGGCUUAUGGGAUCCCUCUUCGUGCUAAUGGAUAUCACUGGAAAGCCUAAACUUAUUCGCAAGUACAAAAUUCAACCAGGUACUAAUGAACCCCUGACGUGGAGUGAUCUAAGAAAGAUCGCAAAAACAGUACUCAUCAAUCAAUUUUUAGUAGGAUUACCGAUGUCGUACAUAUUGUUUCAUCUGUUUUCCAAACAUGCUGGUUAUCCGGAGAUCCGCGUAUUACCAUCCAUCGCUGAAAUCAUUCGCGAUUUAGUGGUAUGCAUUGUCCUGCGGGAGAUCGGUUUCUACUACAGUCACCGGUUGCUGCAUCACAAGUAUCUGUACAAGAUCAUCCACAAGAAGCAUCACGAGUUUACUGCACCAGUUGCGUGGGCUGCUGUAUACGCACACCCAAUCGAGCACAUUUUCAGUAACAUGCUUCCUCCACUACUGGGAAUCGGAUUGAUGAAAAGCCAUUUUGUGACGUCACUGAUUUGGUUCACGAAUGUCAUUUACGAUACCCUGGCGACUCACUCGGGAUAUCAUCUACCAAUGAUCUGUAGCAGCGAGCGGCAUGAUUACCAUCAUUUAAAGUUCAAUCAGUGCUUCGGUGGAUAUGGCUUACUCGACUGGUUACACGGGACCGACUCUCAGUAUCGUAAGUCUAAAAACUAUCAACGUGACCGACGGCUUUGGGGGCUGCAAUCCGCGCGGGAACUUGUGCCAGAUAAAGAGUGAAACAAAGUGAAAGGGAAGUGCGUGCCAUAUGGGACAUACCAGUCAGUCGCCCGUUCCCAAUAUUAUCGGAGCAGCAUCGACAGCCUAGCAAUCUACCACGUGCCAACAUUAUAGCUAACUAGUGUACAUACAAUAGAAUAAAGUUCAAAUGGGUCACAACCCGGUAAGCCAAUAA